GUUUUUUUCACAAAACGUAAAUAUGUAUCUACAACAUGUGAAAUGUCAGUGUAGUCAAGUGGGCGGUGUUGCAAGCUGUUGCUCCUGAGCAGCUGCUAGCCAGGCGGCUAACAAUCGAGCCUACAGCUGCAGCAGUCCGGGUUGGGAACACAUAAAGGUUUAAAACAGACUGACCAACCUCACGUACUGAGGGAGAGAGAGAUAGACAGAAAGCAGUUGGGAGGAAAGGAGCUGUGAUGAAGUUUCACUCAGUGUAUGGAAAAGUAAACGGGUAACUUCAACCAGAGAAGAGGAUCUGUGGAGCAGAGAGGACAACUCGGAGAGAAAAGAAGACUGUCGCUGCCUCUCUGUCUUGGAUUCACACACAGAUAUUUUAUUUUUCCGAGCUUCGAAGUGACAGCCUCAUGGGUGAAAGAUGAAUGUCCAGCCGCUGGGUGACUGUGAGCGUGUGAGGGAUUCUUCUGCGAUGGAGGACGUUUCCCAGCAGAUCCAGUGACUCCCACCACCACCUUAUGCCUCCUGCUGAAUGUGGAAAGCCUAGGAUGGAAGACCCACCAAGUGCUGCACUGAGGCACUGGAACAACACUCUGAACCUCCACCACCUCUGCCACAUUGCCUCCUCCUCACACGCUGAUAAAACCAGCUGCUUCACCACCAUCACCAACCAGACAGGGACCACCGCCACCGGGUGACAAGAUUCCAGGAUGUUUGUGAAUUUCCGCCGGAUACGAAAAUGCCAGUGUGUGCAGCUGAUGACCACCUGCCUGGUACUGUCAGUGGUGAUGGUUUGCUGGGAGCAGCUCGACAACAGUGUCGUCAGCCAUGUCAAGUCCUACUCCUACCGCUACCUGGUGAACCGCUUCGCCUACAUCAACAAGAGCCUCACCAUCCCACGUGAGCAGGCCCGGAGCUUCAGCAAUUUCCGUUACCUGCUGGACCAUCCAGAUAAGUGCACCGGCAAGGACGUCCUCUUGCUGCUCUUUGUCAAAACAUCCCCAGAGAACAUUGAGAGGCGUAAAGCCAUCAGAUCCACCUGGGGUAAUGAGACCUACAUCCAAAACUCCCUGGGAGUGACAGUGAAGGUGGUGUUCGCCUUGGGAGCGCCUCAGACCAAAAAAGACGAGCCCUCCUUGAGCAAGAGGAGCAGGGUCGGUUUUCAGGAGCAGCUCAUCCACGAGGACGGUCUCCAUGGCGAUUUGAUCCAACAAGACUUUUUAGACUCCUUCCACAACCUGACACUGAAGCUGAUCCUGCAGUUCCACUGGAUGCACAGCCGCUGCGCCCACGCCCGCUUCCUCAUGACCGCUGACGACGACAUCUUCGUUCACAUGCCCAACCUGGUGAGCUACCUGCAGGACAUGAGCAGCAGAGGAGUCACAGACUUUUGGAUUGGUCGAGUGCACAGAGGGGCGCCACCAAUCCGCAGCAAGGACAGCAAGUAUUAUGUGUCCUUUGAGAUGUACCAGUGGUUGUCUUACCCUGACUACACAGCUGGGGCGGGGUACGUGGUCUCCAGGGACGUAGCGGACAAAAUCUAUCAAGCCACGCUGACCCUGAACGCCUCCCUUUACAUAGAUGAUGUGUUUAUGGGUAUCUGUGCCAAUGCUAUCGGUGUGUCACCGCAGGAGCACCUCUAUUUCUCAGGGGAGGGCAAGGCGCCCUACCACCUGUGUAUCUAUGACCAGAUGAUGACGUCACAUGGUCAUGUGGAGGAUAUCUAUGACCUGUGGAAGGCGGCGACACACCCGCAGGUGAAACAGAGGACCUCUGGACUCAUAGGGAGGCUGUACUGCACAGCUGUGAAAAUGGCACUGCUUUGUAAACCCUACUAUUUCAACACCUACCCCUGCAAGGCAGCCUUUUUGUAGUAUUAUUCAGGUUUGUGUGUGUCAGUGUUUGAAAGAGAGAGAGCGCAUGUGUCAUCAAUCAUAAUGAAGUAAGGAUCAUCGCUGCGAAUAUUACCUCAGUCCUUUCAGUCGGACACCCAUGUCUGUCAGAACACUGGAGUGUGUGUUGGGUGUUGCGAGACACAAAGAGACCAGACGAUUGAUGUCUGAUACUGUUAGUGUGAGAUCACCAACGCAUCACUGACCUCUGGCCUUGGGCGUUUAGUAAUGUGACAACACUGGCUUUGCAUUGACAGCAGAAUGUGUUGAAAAUAGGUCCUGAAAAGAUAUUGUCCCAACCUCACUCACAAAUGGGAUUUUAAAUCAACUAACUCAUUUGUUUUUGCAUGUCAGUCAGUCAAUUCAGAGAGUACUUCCUCCCUAUCUUGGAUUUCCACUGCUGUGAUACACAAAACAGUUGCAAAAACAUUUUCCUAUCAUGAAUGCCACCUCUAUCACCGGCAAAUACCUGUUGAAUUACUUUAUUCAAACUAUCUAUAUACUUACAGGAUGGUUCUAAAAUAAUGACGCAAAGCAGAAGUAACACAUUUGGACUUCCUUAUGUGAGUCAAAAUAUAUAGUCGGUCAGUGACCUGUCAGAUCUAAAAAUGUCCACACGUCAUGAAGUGUAAAAUUCCAAACAGUGAGAUAAACUGUAGAAUAGAUGUGUAAUUGAACAGGCUUUAGAAACAGUUCCUGUGUUCAAAAUUAUAAUGAUGAAGUGUGGGUUCUAAAUUGAACUUCAUUGAACUUCAUAAAAUUCAUCUUUUUUAUGUAACUGAAAUUGUGAAACAUGUUUUUUAAUUAAAUAAAAUCUCCACUCUGUUCUCAGUGGUGUAAAAGAGUUUCAAA